AUGCUGGUCGCCGUCGUGAUCGCCGUCCGCGUCUACAUGGCCUUUAGCACAUACCCAGCGCUCGUCAAGGCGCUAUUCGGACUCCAAAGCGCUUUAAGCAUAGACACAGCCACCGUGUCCUGGAUGCAACAAGCAGCCCUCGUUCUCCGUCGAACAGGCGCCAUCUUCAUCGACUAUUUCCUCGUGACGCUCUUCCUAUCCUGGCCAUUUAAUUUCGUCCUCGGACCCGUGCGCUGGCGCCGUGCCGUGGGGUUCCGCGACCGUGAAAUUAUCGUCCGCCGCAGUGCAAGCAGCUGGAGCAGUAAGCUCGAGCGCAAUAAAUGGAUUCGUGAUAACGAGGCUAUGCGUGAUAAGAUUGUUGCGGCUGUCACGCCCGAGCGGAUCGGAAAGACGGGAUAUCUGCUUGUAGACGCGGACUGGGAUCUAGACUACGCUUCUAUGAUCUGUGCGCAUGGUCUGGUCGAUCGGAUUCGCAAGGGUGACGGUGUGCAGCUGGAUGAGUUCCGGACGGCUGUGCUGGUCCAUACUGAUACUGAUGGCUGGUUGAUUUGGCGUGUUGGAGAUGAGAACACGCCUGUUGGACGGCAACGGUCUGAGCAACGGGAUCAGAUCCUUGCAUAUAAGGAUAAGUUGACUGAGAUGGGGAAGGAGGAUUUGUUUUUCCGAUGGGUUGAAAUGGUGCAGUGGGAAAGCUCGCAGCCUGGUGGGUUUACUCCGGCGAGGCAGAAGUCUGCUAUGCUCCAAGCGAAACAAAUGUUUGAGGAGGAGAAUGUCAAUUUCAGUGGCUUCUGGGAUGAUUUGGGUGGUAUGGAGGGUAUCGAUAUUGAGGAGACAUGA